AUGGAAUCACCGCCAGCCUCGUCGGACCAUGGUGAUGUCAACUUCGACCCGGCUCGGCCCUUCAACGGCAUUGUCGUGUGCUGCACCAGCAUCCCGCCCGAACAGAGGACCGACGUAGCGAGCAAGACCGCCGAGCUCGGCGGCGUCCACAAGUACGACCUCACUCCCGACGUCACCCACCUGAUUGUCGGCGACUAUGACACGGCCAAGUACCGCCAUGUUGCCAAGGAACGCCCCGACAUCAAGCCCAUGGCUCUCGGCUGGGUCGAGGCUGUGCGGAGCCUGUGGACCGAGGACGCCGACAUCGACUUUUCCGCCCUAGAGAAGGCCUGGUCCCUGAAGCCCCUCGAGACCCAUGGGGGGGAGCCCGCCACGCAGUCGAGGAGGGGCAUAGACCGAGGGAAGCUGUUGUGUUGCCUCACAGGCUUUGACGACGCUGACGAGCGGCAACGCAUCAUCGACAAAAUCCAUGCCAACGGUGGCAGCUACACCGGCGAUCUGACGCGUCAGGUCACGCAUCUCGUUGUCGCUAGGCCAGAGGGACGCAAGUACACGGCGGCCAAGACAUGGAAUGUUCACACGGUCUCGGUCGAGUGGCUUGAUGACAGCGCCGCGAGAGGUAUGAUACUCGACGAGAAAUGUUACGACCCAACGCUGCCAAAGGAGGACCGCGGCAAGAAUGCUUGGCUGCGUCGCGAUCCUCGAAGCUCGUCUCUCGCAAAGAGGCUUCGAGAUCCAUCCGCUGCCCAGGAGGAAGGGAGGCGAAAGCUGAGGAAGACGGCGAGCAUGAAGCUCAACAGCCAAAGGGACGACCUUUGGGGUAAUAUUCUAGGCAAGGGGCUGCCUUCUGCAGGUCCGAAUCGUGCUCAAGGCCCUGGCAGGACCGAGUCCCGGCCUGAUGAAGCCCUGGAACCCCGACAAGACGCACGCAGCAGCCCCGGGUCAGACCAGACCGCGGCGAGCCUGGCCCAACCCGGCCCGACUUCCGGGCUUCCCUUUUCAUCGUGCUCUUUCUUCGUGCACGGAUUCUCCAAGGCCCAGACAGAGAUUCUGCUGUCUACAGUCUCUUCUCAUGGCGGUCAGUCUGUUUCUUCGCUUGGAGAUCUUGUCGGCAACCCACAGCAUGAUAUUCAGCAUCGCCUGGUCAUCGUACCCCAGAAUUCAUCCUCGGAAGCACACCCCAGCGUUCCCGAGGAAGCCCAUCUGGUCACGGAAUUCUUCAUCGAGAGGUGUAUGCACAAGAAGCGCUUUUUCUCCCCUGGCGAUGAUGUUAUCGGCCGACCUUUUCCCGUCUUUCCUAUACCCGGAUUCGAGAAGCUUGGGAUAUGCACCGCAGGAUUCACCGGCGUCGAUUUGAACCAGGUUGACAAGGCAAUACGCCAGCUCGGUGCCAGGUACGAGGAGAGAUUCACCGCUCAGACGUCGAUGUUGGUUUGCACUUCUCUAGAGACGGUACGAAGGCAGAAGCUAGACCUAGCUAUAGUUUGGAGGGUCCCUGUCGUCAAGGCAUCAUGGUUGUGGACUUGUAUCACUACCGGGAGCAUGCUGCCCAUCAGGAGCUUUAUGUUUCCAUCACUACGUCAAAGCGACAUGGCGCCCUGGGAAUCCGAACAGGGCCAGAAGACGCAACCUCUCGUUUGGGACCGACAUCCAGACCCCAUUCCCCAGCCUCCCAAGGCGUCAUCGGGCAAUUCCGCCCAAGAUUCACAUCCUGCUGCCGACCCUGGAGGGCACAAGGAUAUAUCAAGCCACCCACCACGCUUUGAGACUGCACCAACACACCAGUCGGACAGUAAGGCACCUAGUGAAGAUAGAAGUCAGCCAUCCAGUCGACAUUCGGCGCCCUUAUCCGAGCUCUCGGCCAACAAUAUCAAUAGGUCUGCCUCCCCCCCAAAGCCGACAAAGACGACUCGCAAACCACUAAGUAGGAUGCCGAGCGAGAUAGCGGACUCGGAGACUGCUGGCGAUGCCGAGUCUGAUGAGGACCGAGCCAACGGCGAAGCGACGCAAAAACACCUGGAGCAACAAAAAGUCGCCGCCGACGAGCGCCUUGCGCUGUCCACGCGGCUAACAAGUCUGCUAGAGGCCACUCCGGGAGGUGGCACCGGCCGAAGCGGCUCCGAAAGUUGCGCCCGGGACGACAACGUCAGUACGAGUGCGGCGGCAACGGCUAAGGCCCCUAGGCGAAAGCGUGGCAUCAUGGGCAGGGCCAUCAGCAACGUCUCGGCUACGUCAAGCGGCAGCGUCGACUCGGCUGCCACGGCUACCGUGGCCACUACCGCCAGUCGAACCAUCACAGCGGCUGCACAGCUCCUUCUCCACCAGGAGAUACCGGACGACUCCGACAAGACCAAGCUGUCGCUGACCCAGGUCGAAUACGAGGCGCCCGAUGCGCAGCGGUACAAGGCACAGUUGCUCAGCAAAAUGAUGGGCAAGGGUGGCAGCCUACCGCCGGAGCAACGACCCGAGGAGAAGUUGACCAUGCGCGACUACCAGCAGGCGAUUCAAGCAGAGAAGAGCUAUGCAGCUGGUAGCGGCGUGACGGCGACGAGGAGGACGACGAGACGCCGGCAAUGA